GCUUCAACUCAGCUUGCUUCCAUUUUUUUUGGAUUGCUGUAUCCCCAAGUCUACUUUGGAAACUCCACAUCUCAGAAGAAUACCAUCCUUUCAACUUUUAAAGGAAUUCUAAAAAUUAUACCGUUGCUGGUCAACUUGUGGUAACUAUGUUUUCCAGUUUUUACAAACCCAUGCCAGGAGAGACAGGUUUUCGUACUGGCGUUUACGAAAACAGUAGUGCAUCGUUUCCCAAACUCCCUUCUUUUUCCAAACUCUCUCGCUCUUCUCCUUCUUCAUUUUCUCUGUCUUCAACUUCAUCUAGAAGUCCAUCUUCUCCAAAGUCGCCAUCUGUUCGUUCUUCCAGUUCUUCAGGCACUCUUCCAGAUCUGUCCAGCAGAGUUGAAAAAUAUUUCGCCAAGCACAAGAAAAAUAUUUUUGAGGUGGCGAGACUUGCUGUCAGAGUUACUAGAGAACAGUUUCCCAAUGUGAAAGACAAGCGAAAGAAGCAAGAAGAAAUAUUUACUGAAAUUGUUGAGGAACUUGAAAAUGUCGUUUCAGAAGAGGAGCAAGCAUUGCUGAGAGAAGCAUUAUCUUGUAACAGUCGAGAACUCCGCUUAAUAUUUGACUAUGUCGAUCAUAGUGUGGUCGAUCACGAUCGUUCACGUAUAUUUCCAUUUCUAAAGUAAUAAUACUUUUCAAGUUGUUUUUCUUGAACAUGUAAAAUUUGAUUUGUUUCGAUGCGUUAGUAAAUGACUGAGUCUUCAUUUUUCAUUGUUUGGAAAUGAAUCCAUUGCUUGUUUC